AUGCUGCUCUCACUUCUAUUAUGUCUACUUGUUUAUUGUAGGGCAGCUCCAACCGAUGAGGAGAUCAAAAGGAAACUGAUAUAUGAGGGCAGUCCCGACACAUUCGAAAAUCGCAAGCUUGUGAAGGACAUGCUUGGUUCGCUGAAUCUCCGUGUACGCAAUCUACAUCGAGCUGGCACUGGAUCGGGACACCUCCACCACUUCCUGAUCUCGGCUCAAAGAACAACCUUCACGGAUUUGUCAGCUGAAGCCCAUCCAGAUCUCGCUGAAUGGCUGUUUGAGGGAGACAUAGCGCUAACGCCGGAUCAAGCCAAGGCCAUCGUACGCGGACAGAAUGAACCGCAGGCGUCUCGCAAAAAGAGGGCGCAAACAAAUCCAGCAGGUUUCUGGAGCCCAAGUUAUCCAAUAUACUACACCCUCGACAGCUCAUUACCAAGCAGCACUGUCUCACUAAUCCCGGGGCCGCGGGCAAAGGCCAUUCAGUUCUGGACGACAAACACUUGCAUGAACUUCCAAGAAAAUCCGAGCGGGAAUAACCGUCUUCGUUUCUACCGAGGGACGGGGUGUUGGUCGUAUAUAGGCAAGCAACCAUCAUGGACAAGCCAGGAUAUUUCCAUUGGAAGUGGAUGCGACAUUUUAGGCACUGUAGCCCAUGAAAUUGGUCAUGCGCUCGGAUUCUACCAUACACAGUCACGCUACGAUCGUGAUUCUUAUAUCUGGGUCAAUCUCGAUAAUGUGGAAUCGGGCCAAGAGCAUAAUUUCGUGAAGCAAACUACAGCGACCGAAAAUCAUUUCGGACUGCCGUACGAUUACGGUAGCGUGAUGCACUAUGGUGGAUGUGAGCUUUGA